AUGACACAUCAUAAUUUCAAUUAUCUUUCCAGGGUAGCUGCAGCAUAUGAAGGCAUGGCUAUAUCAAGAUUUGCUUUACACAAAAUCAGAAAAGAAGUAAUUAAAGAAGGCUUAGCAAAAGAUGACGAAGUUGUAGGAGGACUGCUAAUUUGCAAGAAAUGCUCUGAAAAACUUAUACCUGGGAAAUCCUGUGAUUUUAUGAUUGAAAAGAUUAGGAAAAAAACUUAUAAAAAUGCAGUCGUCUACCGGUGCAAAAGGUGCGGUGGAGUAACAAGAUUCAAAGGAAUAGACAAAAGAGACGAAAAGCCAAAAAAAACUGAUAAAGAAAGAGUAACUCCAAUUAAAUACACAGAAGAAGAUAUUCAGAGAAUAUUAAACAAAAUACCUACAGGCCACAGAAAUUUAUCAUCUAAAAAACAAAUAAAGCCUAAAAAGGAAGAGAAAAAAUCAUUGAUUGACUCGUUUUUUGAAGGGUCUAAUGGGUCAAGUCUUUAUAAUUUAUUUCAUUAA